AUGGGUGAUCUCCCAAAAUCCCGAGUGACACAUUCUCGUCCAUUUCUCAACACGGGGCUGGACUACGGUGGUCCUUCCAACAUCAAGGUUCAUAACCUCCGUUCAAUACGUUUGAUAAAAGCGUACAUUUGUAUCUUCGUCUGCCUUGUAACAAAGGCUGUUCACAUUGAAGUAGCUACUGACCUAUCAACUGAUGCCUUCAUUGCUGCACUAACUCGUUUUGUGUCAAGACGUGGCCUCUGCAAGAACAUAUAUUCGGACUGCGGGACAAACUUCGUUGGUGCUAAUAACGCCUUUCAAGCUCUCUUCAAGUCAGCUGAACGAACAUCUUUUCUUGAAUUUUCCUCAAACCAAGACAUUACCUUCCAUUUCAACCCCCCAGCUGCUCCUCACCAAGGUGGUCUCUGGGAAGGAGCCGUUAAGAGUGCCAAGCAUCACCUCCGCCGUGUCAUCGGCGAACAUGUCCUAACCCUCUCAGAGUUCAUGACCCUGUCUACUCAAGUGGAGGCGAUACUUAAUUCGAGACCUCUCACACCAAUGUCAAACGACCCUUCAGAUGUCACUGCGCUCACUCCAGGACAUUUCUUGGUCGGAGCUCCACUUGUCUCUGUUCCUGAUAAAAAUCUGGAAGAUGUUCCUGAUAAUCUCCUGAAACACUGGCAUUUGGUCAAGGCCCUAAAUCAACGCAUCUAG